GUUGAUUGCCCGCGCCUUUUAGAGGUGGUGUUAUGUGUCUGUCAGAUGUUCUACGGAAACAUGUUUUGUCAAACAUGGAGUUGCAGCAGUACUUAACAGCAUGUUAUUGGGCCGACAAACUUGUUUGUCUAGAAAGAUGUAUGGAAUAAUCUCAAAUUCAUUCAACAAACUAAUUUAGAUCGUUCAGAAGAUGUAUUACUUUAUGCCAAAGCCCUGUAUUAUAGUCGACAAUAUCAUCGUGCAAUAGCUUUAAUUCAAAAUUGUAAGGAGUUAAAACAAUCACUUGUUUGUCGUUAUUUCAUUGCCCAGUGUUAUUACGCUUGCUCAGAAUACAAAAAGGCUCUUGAAUUUCUCGAACAGUCUGAUUGUAAUUCUACCGAUUUCAACUCCAAUAUAACGUCACUGGUCGCUGGUUCUUUAUCUAAACAACUAUGUAUAUCAACAGACUGUCAGAAUGCUGUAAAUGAUGAUUCCACAAAACAAUCGAAUACUGUAUCAGACAGUUUAAUAAGCGGUUUUAGUACAGAACAACUUCAUAGUAGUAUUGCAUUAUUGAAGGGAAAGUUAUAUGAAUUAAUGGAAAACAGAUCUUUGGCAACGCAAUUUUAUAAAGAAGCUUUACUUCUUGACGUAACAUGUUAUGAAGCCUUCGAAAAACUUGUACACUUUCAAUCAAUUAGCUCAGAAGAAGAAUCUGCUUUACUAACCGAAUUGAAUUUCACUGAUCAUCUCAAUCCGUUGAUGAGCAAAUUGGCUGAAUUUCUUUACAAAGAUAAACUAAACAAGAAUUCAGUAUCAGAAACUAAGGUACCUGGUGAAUUUGACUCAUUGACCAACAAUGUCGACGUUAUUGUUAAUAAAGCUGGACGUAUGUUAGAUGUUUGUCGAUUUCAGGAAUGCUACGAUAUUACAUCCAGAUUAAUGCAAUCAGAUCCAUUUAAUCUUGCAUGUUUGCCAAUUCAUAUUUCUGUUUUAAAAGAAUUAGAAAAAGCAAAUGAGUUAUUCAAAGUAUCUCAUAAACUUAUGGAUGUUUAUCCGUCAAGUGCACUUGCCUGGUUUGCGGUGGGUUGUUAUUAUCUGUGCAUUAAGAAGAAUGAACUUGCAAGACGACAUCUUGUGAAGGCUUCACAAUUAGAUAGAAGAUAUGGUCCUAUAUGGCUUACACUUGGGCAUGCAUUUGCUGCUGAUGGUGAACAUGAUCAAGCUAUUGCUUCCUAUUGUACAGCUGCUCAAGUUAUUCGAGGUUCGCAUAUUCCUAUUAUGUAUAUUGGUAUUGAAUACAGUGCUAGCAAUAAUCGCAAUCUAGCUGAACGAUUUCUUAAUCAAGCCUAUUUAAUUAGUCCAAGUGAUCCUUUUGUUUUACAUGAACUGGGCACAUUGGCUUUUGAAUCACAAAAAUAUGUAGACGCUACAAGAUUCCUAGUUCGAGCUUAUGAAAAGGCUUGUGAAUUAAGUGGACAAGUUCCUUCGCCUUUCUGGGAGCCUCUUGUUAAUAAUUUAGCACAUUCUUAUAGGAAAAUGGGACUUUACAGCCAAGCAAUAGCUAUGCAUGAACUUGCACUUCGCUUAGUGCCUGAGUCUCCAACAACACUUGCGUGCUUGGCAAUGUUGCAUGCAAUCAAUGGUAACUUUGAAGUUGCAGUAGACUAUCUUCACCGGUCUGUUGGGGUCCAACCAUCGAGCUGUGGGUCUACUUCUAGCAAUGUGGCUUCUACAAUGCUGAAUGUAUGUAUUGAAGCGUUAACGGGGAAAGGAAUUUAUGCUUCGAAUCAUAAAGUUGGAAAAGAUAUUCCAGAUACUCUUCCUGAAAACCUUAUGACUGCUGCUGGACCAGGAAGUCUCCCAGGAUCCAACCGGAUUCGUUUUAAAAUGGCACCAAGUGAGACGUUAAAGCCUAACAAAUCGGUGCUUCAGUUGGAUGUUAAUUAUAGAGAAAAAUCUGCUAACGCUCCUAACAUAUCGCUGCACACAAGCGAUGAAGAUGUGUCUAUGGACCUUGGUUAAUUCCUUGGUUUUAUAUAAGUGAUUGCUAUUGUCCACAUAUUCUCUUGUAACUAGAUGUGAAACAAGACUAAGCUUUACACAUGUUUUUUUUUAUCUGUCAUUAGGGAUUCAAAUUUUCCAAGUAUAACAUCUAUCCUACUCGUCUUUACGAUUGUAUUCACGUAGAUUCGUUUUCUCCCCAUAAUUCAGUCGUAGCUGUCACUCUGAUGUAGUGGUCAUCUCUACGUAUAUUAUUUCUUAAACCAAUUGAUACUAUAGCAUCAAUGAUUGCGGGUUGGUUUUUAACCGGAAAACAAAGUCAUGCUGCUGUAUGAUCACAUACUUCAAAUGCAUGAAGAGACAAAGUUUACAACUUUCAGGUUAUAAAAAGCAAUCUGAUAGUGAUUGAUUCCAGUUUGGGCGCCCGGACAGUAUCUCAGCCCUCGCACAAAUCGGAUGAUGAAGUGUGGCGCAUAUAUAUUUGGUACCCCCUUGUACCAGUGUUUGUGUUUAAAUGGAAUAAAUAAUAAUUAAUUUCAGAAAGCAUACGUUUCGAUUCCAGUCGCUUGCACGUCUAUUGCUA